CAACCAAAAGGAAAAAGAAAAAUAAAAGAAAAGAAGGCACAGGCGGUUGGACGGAGUAAUCGAAGCACCGUUUCUUGUGUAGUGACCCAACUGGCUUGAAUUCCUCUCUACAAUCUCUUCUUCUUCAUCUCUACUUCGAUUCGUUCAUAUUUCCAAUUUCCAGAUUCCUUCGCGCAUUUCCCAUACAAAUUGAUUUCUGUUCACAGAAUUUCACCUCACAAUGAUUCAUCCUUCACUCUCAAUUUCCAGCCCUUCUUCUUCUUCUUCUUCUUCUCCUUCUCCUCAUUCCCCUCUCCCAUUUGUUAAACCCCGCAACUUCUCCAAUUCUUCCCCCCGUUUUCGCCGCUCGAUUUCAGUGAUUCGAUGUGAAGCUCUGUAUUCUUCUUCCUCAGAGGUGGCGGUGCAGUCUUCUUCCUCUUCUUCUUCAUUGCCGUUAUCGGAGGUGGGAAGUAGGGUUAUGGAAUCCCAAGAGAGUUCUUCCAAAGCAGGUCCAUAUCCUGGGGGAAUGGGGCCUCACACCGGCAGAGAUCCGAGUGUGAAGAAGCCUACUUGGUUGAGGCAACGAGCUCCUCAGGGAGAGAAAUUUCAGGAGGUCAAGAACUCCUUAUCUCGAUUGAAUCUCAAUACUGUUUGUGAAGAGGCUCAAUGCCCCAACAUUGGAGAGUGUUGGAAUGGGGGAGGGGAUGGAAUUGCAACUGCUACAAUUAUGCUUCUUGGGGAUACAUGCACUCGGGGAUGUAGAUUUUGUGCUGUGAAGACUAGCAGAAACCCUGCACCACCUGAUCCAAUGGAACCAUUUAACACUGCUAAAGCUAUUGCCAGUUGGGGUGUGGAUUACAUUGUUCUAACAAGUGUAGAUCGUGAUGAUAUACCUGAUGGAGGAAGUGGGCAUUUUGCUCAGACGGUUAAAGCUAUGAAGGAACUUAAGCCUGAGAUCAUGGUUGAGUGUUUAACUUCUGAUUUCCGAGGUGACUUGAAGGCUGUGGAGACUCUCGUGCACUCAGGUUUAGACGUAUUUGCUCAUAAUAUUGAGACUGUGAAACGACUUCAACGAAUUGUUAGAGAUCCUCGAGCUGGUUAUGACCAGAGCUUAGCCGUUCUGAAUCAUGCGAAGCACAGUAAGGAGGGAAUGAUUACCAAAUCUUCAAUCAUGCUGGGCCUUGGAGAAUCCGAUGAUGAAUUGAAGGAAGCUCUCGCUGAUUUAAGGGCCAUAGAUGUGGAUAUUCUUACACUUGGGCAGUAUUUGCAGCCCACCCCAUUACACCUGACUGUCAAAGAAUAUGUCACGCCCGAAAAGUUUGCAUUUUGGAAAGAAUAUGGGGAGUCGAUUGGAUUCCGAUAUGUGGCUAGUGGACCCUUGGUUCGAUCCUCAUAUCGGGCAGGUGAGCUCUUCGUCCAAACCAUGGUUAGAGAAAGGGUCAAAAGUUCAACUGCAAAUUGAAGGAUAAGACUCCAGCCGUGAUGUUUUUUGAGUCGUUAGCAGUGAUUCCAAGAAUUGGUCGAGCUGUAACAUAGAAAAAGAGGAGGGAGAGGAAUGAUUUUCAAAGGAGAAGCCAUUCUCAACAACAUUGAAGAAUCAGCUUUCUAGUUGAGGCAGCAAUACAGGACCAACUUAGCACUGGUAUGGCUCUCCUGAGUUGGUUUCUUCUCCUAAUGAUUUCAUCAACUUUGCUAGCUAAUUACUCUUGCAUUGACUUGACCCCCCAUUUUUGUCUUCUUUUGAGAUCAAUUGUUUAAUCUCUCAUAAUUUUCCUUUCUUAUAGUUUUUAAAUCCAAUAGGGGUUGGAUAUUCAAACCAAGAUUAAUAACUUUAUAUGUUUCUUUUUUCUUGGGUGAGAUCUCUCAUUAUAUGUAAUCUAGUUUAUUCACAUAUAAAAAAACAAGCUUAGUGUUAAUAAAAUAGUGCGUACAAACUAUUUUUAAUUUGUUUCAA